AUGUCUUGGUCGAAUGAUUCGGUGUUGGAAUUUAUAGAACUUUACAAAUCGGAAGAAAUUUUAUGGAAUCCAAAACAUCCAUCGUACAAAAAUAGAUGUCAGGUAAGUAAAGCUUGGGAGCGUAUAAGGAAUAACUUUGGAGUACGUUGUUCAGUGACCGAUCUUAAAAAGAAAAAGGAAUCUUUAUUGACAUCGUAUAGAAGUAUCAAGAAGAAAAAUCUGCCAGAAUUUCGAGUAUCUUGGUUCGCAUUUCCCCUUCUGGAUAGUUUUCUCGGCGGGAAAUAUAAAAAUGAGGGUGGUUGGGUCGAAGGUGAAUCAGUUGAGUUUAUCGACGCCAGUUCCUUUACGUCAAAUGAACCCUGUUCAGACGAUCUCAACUUUGAAUCGACGAAACUGAACGAAGGCACAAAAACCAAGAACAUUAUGGUGAACCAAUGUAAACAAAAUGACCCGCGGUUGAGUAAUUGUAAAAGAAAAAAUCCAUCAUAUCAAAGAAUAGAAGAACAAUUGAUAAAAAUAUCGCCCGAUGAAUCCGACGAAAGUGAUCUCUACUGUCAGUUAUUAGCGAAAAAAUUAAAGAAGCUAGAUGAAAAUCAGCGGGAAAUUGCGAUGCAUGAAAUCAAUAAUAUUGUUUUUCGUCUAAAAAUGGAGCAAAAUAACUAUGAAUCACAAACAAUAUCUAGUAAGAUGAAAAGUCCUGUAUUUGUAAUUACGGCGGAAGCAUCAGAUUCAAACAAUGGGGACUGA